AUGCGGAGUCUCACAGAGAUUCUGGCAACGGGGCCCAUCCUGGACCCUGAAGAAGGUUACUCAUCAAAUCACGCAGAAGCCUUCGUUGUCUUUUCGCAAGAUAUUCCUUCUCAGUCUCUCGGUUUCAUCGAUGAGCCGGCGGCAACUCUAGACCUCAGCGUGGCGGGCCAUGAUCUGGUCAUUCACCACUCAAGAGGUCUGCUGACUUCCAGCCGUAAAGAAGGGACGACCGGUGCCGGUAAGUAG